AUGAAGUAUUUGGCCGCUUAUUUGUUGCUUGUUCAAGGUGGUAACACCGCUCCUUCCGCUGCUGACAUCAAGUCUGUGAUCGAAGCUGUUGGUGUCGAAGCCGAGGAAGCCAAGAUCAACUCCUUGUUGUCUUCUUUGGAGGGCAAGGGCUCUAUUGCCGAGAUUGUGGCCGAAGGUCAGACCAAGUUGGCCUCUGUCCCAGCUGGUGGUGCCGGUGGAGCUGUCUCUGCUGGUGGUGCUGCUGCUGGCGGCGCUUCUGAAGAGGCUGCCGAGGAGGCCAAGGAAGAGGAGAAGGAAGAAUCCGACGACGACAUGGGCUUCGGUUUGUUCGACUAA